AUGAUGACCUUCGACCCCGCAACGCGGGAGGUCGAAUGGGAUCACUUCAAAGAGCAAUUGGGCAAACAGUGGCGCGGUCUCCGGUCGGAAGAUGUCAUGGAAGUGGUGAAGUAUGGGAACCACGACAAAGAUGACAACGGACGCUUUGAGUUGCGCGUCCUCCACUUCAUCGACCACACUGAGAUUCAUGGAAUCCGUGCAUUCCAAGGGCACUGCCGCGAUCUCAUCUCUGACGAGACUGAUCUUGUGGAUAUGCACAGUGACAGCUAUGCUUUGUGUGACGACUACAGGCCCACCAUGCAUACGCGCCCUGCCGUAGGGGUCACUGGCCAAAUCCACAACGACUGGGUCAGAAUGCAUCCGAUCGGAUACCAUGCAACAUAUUGGAGCAAUUUUUCCAAUAUUGUUAGUACCGGUCUCAUCCCAGGCGGUGUCACCCUCGGCGGAAGCACGGGGAGAGCCUUCACAAUGAUGGCUUCCCUCCCUCAGUGGGAAAGGCCGAACAACGCAGGCCUGCGACCUGGCGCUGAGGUUGAAUUCGCUAUCGACCUCCAACUCGCGUGCCUGGAAGGGUGUCGCAUUCUCCUGACAAAGAACAAUGUUCUGCAGACCCCAGAUUGGUUGUCCAAUCGCUACCUUAUGUUUGCUUACGAUCGCAGAACCGGGAAACCCGUAUGGUUUAACCGCUCGUACGAGCUCACGCGAGCUCGGGUGUCCAAAGCCCGUGAGGCAUAUGUCAAGCGUCAGGAGAUCCUGCCGGUCUUUAACCAAGACCUCAUCGAACGCGCAGCGGAAGCUGACGCCAAUUGCAUCAUGGAUUACGUUGAUCUCUGUUACCCGAUCCACAAUGAAAAUUUGGACUGGGUUGAGUUCUUGGGUAUGUUCAUGGACAUGCAGAAGCCCUCGCACUUGCGUGAGGUUGAGCAGUUUCAUGUCGAUGGUCGUACCAUCUGCUUUGAGCAGGGUAGUCCGCUGGAGGGAACUCCGUGCGAAUGGACUUUGGAUGCCCAGGUCUACUUGUCGCCCAUCGGAUUGACCACCGAGCGCCCGUUGCGUGUGGAGCGCAAGCACUACUCAGUGUGCCUCAACGUGCACUUCCCAAAGCUGCGCUGCCCUGAUGAUAGGUGCAGGUCUCAGAUGCUUGACGGCUAUCUCAAUUGCCCCCGCUGCCAGCGAAAGUUGUUCAACCCGAGCGACAUCUCCCACAUUGCGGAGCUGGCUGAUCUGCGGGCGGAAGCCGCGCAAGGUGGAGCUAACCACAGUCUCCACUAUCUGGCACCAAGAGCAGCUAUCAACACUCGUCCACACGAGCACACCCGUCAGGGGGCCGAUGUUAAGAAAAGCAUCGCUGCGACUCUCAAGGAGAAGUGCAAGAAAAUGGUGGCGAAAGCAGCAGAAGGGACACAUGGUUCCCUGCGCCAGAACCUGAAGUACGAACCCUUCAGCGCCUUCAAUGUGUUUUCGAAGGGGAUGACGGUGACUUCACUCGACGAAGUCGAGAUGUUCGCGCGCUUGCGACUUCCCGCCCCGGAAACGGGGACGGAGGCAAAGAGAGGCUUUGCCGGAUCUCAUACGUCCGAUGCACGCACUGCUCUCAUUUUCCCUCCUGUCGACGACAUUAUUCGCGGGGAGUACAAUUACCAGAGGAACAUCUUUCUCGAGCUGGCCAAGCACUGCUAUUUCUGUUUCCAAGAUCGCUUUUACUUGGUUCCUGAAAUCGCUGUGUUGAUCCGUGCCACUCAGUUGGCCUCUGAGGUCCGCAAUCUGCGUCCUUUCACAAUCCUCCGCCAUGACGGCGUCGAGUACCAGCCCGUGACCGGGACUGUCCCUGAGAUCAUGGCCGACCUCGUCGGUUUGCUCCGCAACCAUGCACACCGUGCUCUUACCAACAAGGAGCGUAACCAGCAACGGGUUACUGUGCAAGUCGGGAUAGGGCAGACUCCCUUGGAGAUUCCAGCAUCGCUUGGAACUAUGGGCAGGUCUCAGAUGCUUGAACUUCUGGGCGGUACGCGGUUCAGUGUUGAGCGUACCCGCGGCUGGAUUAAUCGCGAGGUGGAAGACCGAAUGGUUCGACAUGGUGCCACUCCCAUUGGCGCCAUGCGUGUGCCGCCUCCACCGCCGUCACCAUCCGGAAGGACUGGUCCUGACUCGUCGCUGCCUGCAGCAACACCCAGUGUUCGGCCUCCACCGGCUCCUCCGAGCCGAGGUCGCUCACCUGGCGGUGCAGCUUCGUCAUCCACGGAUCGUCCGAUGAGCACUUCUGUUCCAAAAGCUGCAAAGACGAAGGCAAGGCCGGCAUCUGCCCGAAGCAUUACGCCGCCUCCUCCAAAGCCAAGUGCCAACAGACCAGUGCAGCCGCCUUACCCGCCUACUGCAAAAGCUGUUCCGAAGGCUGGCGCCGUUCGUGCACCUGAGGAAUACAUCACUGCAGAUGAAUGGGACAACUACUUUGCCGGCCGUGGCGAAGUCAGAGGCUUUGCUGUUGGCGAUGCACCAGCUCCGGUUGCUGCCCCUGCUGGGCCACCUGCCACAGCCGCCGGAGGGCGUGCUCGCACUCGCUCACCGCGCCGCCAUGACUAUGGUGGUGGUCGAGACUAUCAAGAGGCCGCGAACGACAGGUUGCGUCACCUGCGCCUGUGUGAUGAGGCAAUUGAGCAGCAACUCGAGAACCUGACGGUCACUCUCCCAGGCUUCCCAGCUGAUCGCCUAAGGGACUGGACUGACCAAGACGGGAACGGAUUCGAUCCAACCCAACCAAUGCCUCGCAAUUGCACUCGCACAGAUGCUUGGUAUUGGGCAGUUCUCCGUGCCCGUUAUCUUGAGGAGCUGUCGCCCAACGAAGUGCCUUUUGUGAUUCCCGCUUACACCGACCGGGAGGUCUUGGUUCAGCAUCCGGUUGAGCAGAUUACCUGGUUCCUGCGUGGCUGGGAGGAGUUUCGCCAAGACUCCAAUGGAGCAUGGUACAGGGCAUACUGGUCCGUCGCAUCCGACACCGGAAGGUGCUCCGCGUCUUGA